AAACAAAAAAACUUUAUUUUGAAAUAAUUUCAAAAUUACAGGAGUUUCAAGAGUACAACAAAGAACAUUUUGCCACCUUUUUUUCUUUCAUUUGUUCCCUCCUCUCCUCCCUCGCCCCUUUCCCUUCCAGUCUUCUCUGAACAUGAACAACCAGGAAGGGUGAUUUGCAUACGUCAUUCCACGUUUACCCAUAAGGUGUUAGUGGACAUUUCCUAAGAGCAGGGGCGUCCUCUCAGUAUCCAUAGUACAGCUCUCAAAUUCAGGAAAUAAGCUUAAAUCCUUCUCCUGUGAUAAAAAUACAACUAAAAUAAAAUUUUAAAAGGAAAUGUGUAGUAUUCUCCCAUCACUCCAAAAGUUGUGAGUUUGUAGCUCAUGUUUCAAAUCUGCCAGCUGUCCCUAUAACGAGUUUGAAAUCCAUUGUUCUGGUCCAGGAUCCCGUCCAGGACCAGGCCCUGCUGCGAGUUCCCUGCAACCUCUUCUGAUUUGGAGCAGGUCCUCAGCCUUGCUUUGUCUUUCAUGACAUUGAUGUUUGGAAGAGUACAGUCCAGUUUUUGUUGUAGAAUGUUCCUCAGGUUGGUCCGGGAGCAUUUGUGUCCAGCGAGUUGGGAAACGACAUUCACCUCUUUCGGUGAUGUGUAUAUUUGCCAAACCCCCAGCCUUGUGCUAGGUGUGUUACUCAGCCAACCCAGCCCCUGACCUUGGCAAUGUAGUUUGGGUUUGUGGGAAAAGCAGGUACCGUCAGGCGGGCGUUACGGACCCCUCUAUGUCUCAUGACCAGAGGCACUGACGCUUAGAUAAAUACAGGGAUGGAUGCAGGGCGAGUCAGCAUUCUAGAAGUCUGCAGAGGUACAGAAAUGGCCCUGCUCCCUCUCCAGCAUUCGGCCAGCAGCUUUGCCUGGUUUCCCGAGGCACCGUGAAAUUCACACUCCAGUCUUCUCUUGGAAAUCUUGAGGGAGCUGAGGUCUGGGUUCUAGCCCUGCCCUACCAGGGACCUGCUCUGCGGCUGGGAGAGGAGGACCCUGUGGCUCUCCCAAGUGUCCUUGGAACAAAGAAUGCUUUGAGGGGAGGAGAGUCACAGAGCUCUGAGUGGCGCGGGGAGAUAGGCCUGGGCCACGGGCUUCGAUCCCGCCUGGGACGAGGUUAAACAGAACUAGGAUGGGUUCAUCAUGACCUGGCAGAAAACCAUCAGACCCAGAUUUUUGCUUUUUCAGCUGUUUAACUUCUGUUUCAUACAGGAUAAAAAAUGGUCAACCGUGAUCUUAAAUAAUCGAUGUAGUAGCCAUGGGCACUUUGUCAGACCAAAGCAGACAAGGCGAAAGUGUUUGGAGUGCUGUCGGAUCGUCACGAAACCUUAGCCCACAAGCUUUCAGUGAGACACAAAAUAACGUGGAUUUCUAUCUUGCAAUGAAGUCAGCACCACUGUCCAUUCUGUGUUACACACUAACAUUUCAGAGCUCCCUCCCUGGGGCUGCAGACAUCCAUGUGAGAGACACUUGAAUGCUCUGUCUUUAUAAUUUAACUUAAAUUAAAUAAAACUUAAAAUUCAGCUGUCAGUUGUUCUGGUGACAUUUGAAGGGUUUUGUACCAUAUGUGGCUCGUGGACACCAUCCUGUACCGUGUCUGUGGAGAACAGCGCCACCCCUGCGGGGAGUCAUGUUUCACAGCGCCGCCCUGCAUGCCCAGCAGCCUGGGGAGCAGGAGAUUUCCUUCCACGUCAAAGACUGGCCGCACGGUACAGAAUCUGACAGAUCCUGAAGUCAGCCCUUAAAUAUACUGCAAACUGUCAACGGCGUGUUCUCUGGAAUGCCGGGGUGGAUCAGAGGUAUGCUACAUUCAAUGCUAGAAGAUUUAUAGAAUUUUACUUCUGUUAUCCUGGUGACUCAGAGCCCUGUUAAAUCAGUUUCAGCAUCAGGCUGCGGUCCUGGUUUUAAAGAGAAUGAUAGCAGCGAAGUUGGAAUCGCAGUGAUGUCACUCAGUGCCCUGGGUCUCUCCACUCACCUGGCCCUCCAAAAUCCCAGGGCCUUGAGCGCAUGGGCUCCUACUGGAGCCCAGUUUUGGCUGAGUGGGGGGCACUUCCUAUGGGAGGGGGACCCCAUCUCAAUGCUGAGGCAGCCACUCCCGAAGACAAUAGGCUGAGCUGUCUGGGGGCAGGUUCUGAGGCAGGCCAUGAGACAGACUCAGCUGGAUAACACAGAUGGCAGGCUGGAUUCACGUUGCCCCCACACCUCCCGCAUCUGCUGAUGACACCCAGAAUUGUGGCCCUGGGCCAAACCUCAGCUCCCUGUCCCAUGAAAGUGUGGGUUGCAGCUUGGGUGAUAGAGCGGGGCUGCCAGUGCCCCCUAAGCUCCUGCUGUGGGUCCAGCCUGCAACUGAGGAAGCCACACACAGCUGUGCCAGAGUGUGUCUGUUUGAGAGUGCCUGUCUGCUGUGGGUCCUUGCUGUCCCCACCUUCUGGCUUCCUGGCUGAGGGAAGCUGAGUGGGCCAAAGCCCCUGUGCAGUGUUCGCCUUGGCUCUCACACAGCUCCCACGUGGCUGCUGCUGCUCCAGCUGCGAUGUGACUCUUCCACACUGCUCUGCGUGGCCAGUAAGUCCUCUCACCCGCUCCUCGGGGGGCUGCAGAGCACAGCUGUGACUGUCUGUCUGACAGGGGUCUGUUAGAGCUAGAGGUUAGAGAGUGGGAGGCCCUCCAGGGAAGUGCUCUUGCUCUGUGGGUCAGAUCCCCAGGCUUGCUGGGAAGGGUGGCUGAGGCUUUGUGUUGACGGUGCUGGAAGCCGGGACUUCAGACUCCAGGCUCUGCCACUCUGUUCCUCCUCCAGCCCCCAAGGCCCUUUCCCAGUGGCACCCACGUGGGGCAGGUCCUCGGGUCUGUAGUUUGUUGUCUGAGUGUGGAGCCUGCGCCUGGCAGAGCUCCCUUCUGUUACAGCAAGGGUUGGGCUGAUGAGGGUGAGGACCCUGUGAGAGACUGGGGCAGGUGUCUGCAUGGUCGAGGGUGAGUGUGGGCCGGCAGAGCCUGCUUCCUGUAGUUAAGCCCAGUGUGAAAACUGGCAUGUGGGGAGUGGGGAGGCACUUCUGCUGCCUGGUUGGGGAGGGGUCCCCUUUUGGCCUUUAAAUAUGUGGAAGCCUCUUUGGGCAAGCCAAGCCAUGAGCCCUUUCGCUGGCCCCCAGGGAUGAGACAGCAUGGUCAGCUGAGCCUCUGGAGGCCGUUCAGAUCAAGCCGGAGCACAGGAUGGUGCUGCCUAGAGGCCGAAGCAGACUUCCCAUGGGCCUCCUGUCCUGGCUCAGGAGGUUGGCAGGAGAACUGGAUGGGCAUCAACUAUAUGUGGAUGAAAGUUCCUGGUAGCCGAGUUCUCCCCAGAAGAUGAGCUGAGGCUGUGCUGAGGGGGACGAACUCGGGAUUAGCAUUCCACAUGGGGCCAGAUCACCCAGGAAGCAGGCUGGAAUAUGUGGGGCACCAGUAAGGCACACGUUUUUGGACAGAUUUUAAUGUUUUAUUUUAUUAUUUUAUGAGAUGGAGUCUCACUGUCGCCCAGUCUGGAGUGCAAUGGCAUGAUCUCAGCUCACUGCAACCUCUACCUCCCUGGUUCAAGCCAUUCUCCUGCCUCAGCUUCCUGAGUAGCUGGGAUUACUGGCACCUGCCACCACGCCCAGUUAAUUUUUCUGGUAUUUUUAGUUGAGACAGGGUUUCGUCUCGUGAUCCACCCGCCUCAACCUCCCAAAGUGCUGGGAUUACAGGCGUGAGCCACCGCGCCCGACCGACACUAGUGCUCGCGGGCUGCAGGGACAGGACGGACUAGAGGCGAGCACCCCAGCGGCACCUGGGAUUCCCCGACCCAACCGGGUCGCCAGCCGCACGGCCCCUGCGGCUCAGAGCGGGGAGCCGCUGCUCGGCCCCAUCCCCAGGCAGCGGGAUGCCCAGAACUGGUCCCCUGGCUUAGGCACCAGCCGAGUAGGAGCUGGGCUGGCAGUGGCGUCGGGUAGGCCCUUCCCUGGGGGCGGGCAGCUCGCUUUGACCCAGCCGCCUGACUCGGCUUGUGUCCUGGCAGCGAUGACUCUGGGGCAACUCCGCUGCGGUGGCUAGCCCGGGGCGGCCAAGCGAUGGCGGCACAGGGGCGGGAACCGGUCCGCACGCCUGACCUGAGCAAGCCGAGGAGCAGGUGCUCGGCGGCGCUGUGAGGCGGCACUCCCUGAUGACAGGCAGGCUGGACGGCGCCACCCGGAAGGACCCCCCAGCCCAGGCCGGCGCCGGAGCUGCAGCGCCACCUAUGGCCAAGGAGUUUUCUCCGGUGACGGGGAAAGCAGGAAGCAGGCCGGAAUGUGUGGGGCACCAGUAAGGUGUGCGCAGGUGCAGUGACGUCACAGGAGCAGGAGCAAGUGCGAUGACGUCACACGCGAGGGCCUGGCCGUUACCCGCGUGGCUUGGCGUUACCCGCGUGGCUUGGCGUUCGUUGUCCGUGAGGCUUCGAGGCGAUCGCUUGGCUUGGCGGUGGUCGCUUGGCUUGACAUUUUUUACUUGGCUCGGCCGUAGUCCUUUCAGUGAUUGGAAACCUCAGACUUUCCUCGUGGGAGGUUGUGGCCAAGGCAGUAACUCCUACUGUUGGCCUCCUGAGGUGGAGAAAAGCGGGGAGGGGCGGGGAGGGGCUGAGGGGGUCUCCGAAGGCGGCAGUCUCCGCCAUGAGGAGGAGAUACAGAGUUUGGAGCCCACCCGACAGCUCGGACAGCGGAAGCGAGCAUGCAGCGGACGCCUUCAACCCGAUUUGCUACUUCAUCCUCCCCCCGCCUCACUAUCACGUCCACCUGGAAGAUCUCGGGGAGCUCCACAGAGCUGCCUGGCUGGGCGACGUCCCCGGGCUGGAGCGCGUCCUGGUGCCCGGAGGCCCUGGCGUAGACAAGAGGGACAGUGAGAAUAGGACGGCUCUGCAUUUGGCAUGCGCCAGUGGACAUCCAGCAGUGGUAGCUCUCCUGGUGGACAGAAAAUGUCAACUUAAUUGUUUUGACAGCAAUAAGAGGACAGCUCUGAUAAAGGCCGUACAAUGCAGAAAAGAGGAAUGUGCAACUAUUUUGUUGGACGGGGGUGCUGAUCCAGACCUUCCCGAUAUCUACGGCAACACCGCUCUGCACUAUGCUGUGCAUAAUGAAGACGAAUCACUAGCAGAAAAACUGCUUUCAUACAGUACAAACAAGGAGGCAAAAAAUGAGAAUGACCUCACACCACUUCUAUUUGCCGUAAGUGGAAAAAGACAGCAAAUGGUAGAAUUUUUACUGGAGAGAGGAGCAAAUUUACUUGCAGUUGAUAAGUGUCAAAGAACAGCGCUCAUUCUCGCUGUGCAGUGUGGAUCAGCGAACAUAGUUAGCCUUCUUCUGCAGCAACAAAUUGACAUCUUUUCUCAAGAUACAUUUGGGAGGACUGCAGAAGACUAUGCAGUUUUAAAUCAGUUUACUGGCAUUCAGCAACUAAUUUCUGAAUAUAAGGAAAAACAGACACCUGAAAGUCUUCCUCAAAAUAACAAUCCAGUUUUGCUUUUUCCAGGCUUGUCAUAUAGUUGGAAUGAAAGACGAGAGCAACAACUGUUGGCCCAUUCUGGUAGUGUGAGUGAGUUGAUAGUUGUUCUGUUUUUUAUUAAUAAACAAGAAAAGAUGAGCAUUGGAGUUACGGUUCUCUCAGGGAAUACUACUCUCCAUGACGUGUUACAAUCACAGCUGUCAGAAAGCGAAGAGAGCGAAGAAGAAGAACAAGACUUGGAGCUGCCAUCAGAGGAAGAGGAAGAAAGACUUAACGGAUGUGAAAAUAAGCAGACGCAGGUGUUCUUCAUACCUCUCGCCCUCCUCCUCGGCCGUGGAGUCCUAGUACUGCUGGUACUCGGACACCAGGUCGUUCAUGUUGCUCUCGGCCUCAGUGAACUCCAUCUCGUCCAUGCCCCCGCCCGUGUACCAGUGCAGGAAGGCCUUGCGCUGGAACAUGGCUGUGAACUGCUCAAAGAUGAGCUUGAACAGCUCCUGGAUGGCAGUGCUGUUGCCAAUGAAGGUGGAGGACAUCUUGAGGCCGUGGGGUGGGAUGUCGCACACAUUGUUGGGGAUCCACUCCACGAAGUAGCUGCUGUUCUUGCUCUGGAUGGCCAGCAUCUGCUCGUCCACCUCCUUCAUGGACAUGCGGCCCCGGAACACAGUGGCCACGGUCAGGGGCGCAAAGUUGGGCAUGAAGAAGUGCAGGCGGGGGAAGGGCACCAUGUUCACCGCCAGCUUGCACAGAUCGGCGUUGAGCUGCCCUGGGAAGCGCAGCGAGGUGGUCACCCAGCUCAUGGUGGCCGACACCAGGUGAUUGAAGUCCCCGUAGGUGGGCGUGGCCAGCUUGAGGGUGCGGAAGCCGACGUCGUAGAGCGUCUUGUUGUCGAUGCAGUAGGUCUCAUCCGUGUUCUCCACCAGCUGGUGGAUGGGCAGCGUGGCGUUGUAAGGCUCCACCACUGUGUCGGACACUUUGGACUAGGGCACCACGCUGAAGGUGUUCAUGAUGCGGUCGGGGUACUCCUGGUGUACCUUGCUGAUGAGCAGCGUGCCCAUGCCAGAGCCUAUGCCCCCGCCAAGCGAGGCCGAAUCCACCAGCUCCGCACCCUCCGUGUAGUGGCCCUUGGCCCAGUUGUUGCCGGCCCCACUCUGACCGAAGAUGAAGUUGUCAGGCCUGAAAAGAUGUCCGAAGGCUCCAGGGCAGGCGCUGUCCAUGGUUCCAGGCUCCAGGUCCACCAGGAUGGCCCGAGGCACAUAUUUCAAUAUCAAAACCGAAUUGGUAACAAACCGCCACCUGAGAAAUUUGCAGAUGUCCGACAUCUAUUAGAUGAAAAACGCCAGCACUCGCGUCCACGACCACCAGUCAGCAAUACUAAAUCAGAUAUAUGCCAGCGGUUAGAAAAAGACCAUAUUCUCCAGAAAAGGCUUUUAGGUAGUACCCAGUGGUUCGGAGAGAGCCCUCUUCUGAUGUUCAUAGUCAUCAUCAGCAUCAUCAGCAUCAGCAUCCCAACACUGUGGCGGCAGUGGCUGGCCAGCAUUAAUUCUAUUGAAGGUGGAGAAAGCAUCAAGGAGAUGUCGGAGGGCAUGUGUGAGAAAUCAAUGGAGAGUGCCAUGUUGAAGGCCAACAUCUUAAGGUCCCAAAUGAUCAUUUUGCCCAUAUGGGAACAGAUCACUGUUUCUGUGGUUGAGUACCAGCCUGUAAGCAAGCUCCUAAUGAGCAGGUUUCUUUAUGGUGUUAUCUCUGUAUCCUUGCAUCAGGCCAGCCCAGAGGAAGUACUGCUUCGAAAGUGUUUGGGUUUCGUACCAUACGUGGCUUGUGGGCACCAUCCUGGACCAUGUCUGUGGAGAACAGCGCCAUCCCUGCGGGGAGUCAUGCUUCACAGCGCCACCCUGCAUGCCCAGCAGCCUGGGGAGCAGGAGAUUUCCUUCCACGUCAAAGACUGGCUGCACGCUCCCACGUGGCUGCUGCUGCUCCAGCUGCGAUGUGACUCUUCCACACUGCUCUGCGUGGCCAGUAAGUCCUCUCACCCGCUCCUCGGGGGGCUGCAGAGCACAGCUGUGACUGUCUGUCUGACAGGGGGACAGGGCGGACUAGAGGCGAGCACCCCAGCGGCACCUGGCAUUCCCCGACCCAACCGGGUCGCCAGCCGCACGGCCCCUGGGCGGAUGCGCGCGGUGGCUGCAGCUCAGAGCGGGGAGCCGCUGCUCGGCCCCAUCCCCAGGCAGCGGGAUGCCCAGAACUGGUCCCCUGGCUUAGGCACCAGCCGAGUAGGAGCUGGGCGGGCAGUGGCGUCGGGACGUUUUUUACUUGGCUCGGCCGUAGUCCUUUCAGUGAUUGGAAACCUCAGACUUUCCUCCUGGGAGGUUGUGGCCAAGGCAGUAACUCCUACUGUUGGCCUCCUGAGGUGGAGAAAAGCAGGGAGGUGCGCGGAGGGGCUGAGGGGGUCUCCGAAGGCGGCAGUCUCCGCCAUGAGGAGGAGAUACAGAGUUUGGAGCCCGCCCGACAGCUCGGACAGCGGAAGCGAGGGUGCAGCGGACGCCUUCAACCCGAUUUGGUACUUCAUCCUCCCCCCGCCUCAGUAUCACGUCCACCUGGAAGAUCUCGGGGAGCUCCACAGAGCUGCCUGGCUGGGCGACGUCCCCGGGCUGGAGCGCGUCCUGGUGCCCGGAGGCCCUGGCUUGAACGAGAGGGACAGUGAGAAUAGGACGGCUCUGCAUUUGGCAUGCACCAGUGGACAUCCAGCAGUGGUAGCUCUCCUGGUGGACAGAAAAUGUCAACUUAAUUGUUUUGACAGCAAUAAGAGGACAGCUCUGAUAAAGGCCGUACAAUGCAGAAAAGAGGAAUGUGCAACUAUUUUGCUGGACGGGGGUGCUGAUCCAGACCUUCCCGAUAUCUACGGCAACACCGCUCUGCACUAUGCUGUGCAUAAUGAAGACGAAUCACUAGCAGAAAAACUGCUUUCAUACAGUACAAACAAGGAGGCAAAAAAUGAGAAUGACCUCACACCACUUCUAUUUGCCGUAAGUGGAAAAAGACAGCAAAUGGUAGAAUUUUUACUGGAGAGAGGAGCAAAUUUACUUGCAGUUGAUAAGUGUCAAAGAACAGUGCUCAUUCUCGCUGUGCAGUGUGGAUCAGCGAACAUAGUUAGCCUUCUUCUGCAGCAACAAAUUGACAUCUUUUCUCAAGAUACAUUUGGGAGGACUGCAGAAGACUAUGCAGUUUUAAAUCAGUUUACUGGCAUUCAGCAACUAAUUUCUGAAUAUAAGGAAAAACAGACACCUGAAAGUCUUCCUCAAAAUAACAAUCCAGAAGAACAAGACUUGGAGCUGCCAUCAGAGGAAGAGGAAGAAAGACUUAACAGAUGUGAAAAUAAGCAGACGCAGGUCGAAGAAGAAAUGAAGCAGCACACAAGUGAUGACACGGAGUUAUCCGGAAGCCUACCUGACGGUGCCACUGCUGGCAGUGAUGAUAAUGGACUUAAUCAGCAGUUUCCUAGGAAGGAGAAUGAAGUGCAUGACAGGGCUGAAAGUAAAACAUCUACUGAAAAGAACCAGGUCAAAAACCAAAUACAUUUUGAGGCUGACUUUGCUGACUCAAUGCAACCAUCUGAAACAGACUCACAAUGCGAGUUGUCUGACUCUUCCUAUAAGAAUAUUUUGUUGCAGAUUGAACAACUUAGAAUGAAGUGUAAAGAGUCUGUUAGCCUAUCAAGAAUUGAGAAUGUAUUUCAUUUAUAUGAAGACUUCCUGGAACUUAAGAAUAAUGAGGAUGAACGACUUACAGCAGAAAUUAAACAAAUGGGAAAUAUGGUUAGUGUACUACAAAAGGAAAUCUCUGAAACAAAAGAGACAAAAUUACAGUUAGAGCAUCAGAAGAUCGAAUGGGAACGAGAGCUGUGCAGGUUGAGACUUGCCUUAAAACAAGAAAAAGAGAAGAAAGAAAAUGCCGAAAUGUUGUGUAAUAAAGUUAAUGAACAGUUAAGAAUAAAAGAAGAGGAAUGUAGGGGAAAGGCUGAAAUGAUUCAAGAACUUCAAUGGACUCUGAGAAAACUCAUUAAGGAAUUGAGGAUGCAGCAGCAAACAGAUGCCCAGCAGCAACUUUUUGAAGAACAGAAUGCCAGAAUAGUACAAGAUCAGAUUCUGACCAGUAAACAAAAGGAGCUAGAAACGGCUCAAAAGAAAAUGGAUUCUGAGGACAAAAUGAAGGCUGAUAUGUCUGACCUACGAGCUAGGAAUGAGAUUAUUUCUGAAAAACUUUCUAAUGUGGAAAACGAAAUCAACAGCCUACAAAUUCAGCUCCAUAAUGCAAGAGAUGCUGUUGGAGAACAGAAUUUGAUUUUGGAACGUGUGCAAAGAGACCUCGGCCAAACACACUGUCAGAAGAAAGAAAUUGAACAAAUGCACCAAAUUCAACAAAGAAAACUGAAGAAAUACAUUGCAAAGCAGGAAUCUGUAGAAGAGAGAUUAUUUCAAUUACAAAAUGAAAAUACGUUGCUUCGACAGCAACUGGGUGAUGCUCACAAGAAAGUGAACAGACAAGAAAAGACAAUCAGUUCUCUCCAUGACCAGUUUCAGGCUUUUGCCAGUAAUAUUCAAUUUGAGAGUGAAAAGCAGAGUCUUCUACUACAAGAGACUGAGGAAGUAGUUAUGAGACAACACCAACUAGAAUGGACUGAUCCCCUAAAACAACAACCUACAGCAGAGGCUACAUCAUUUAAUUUAGAUGAGACACAGGAUUCAAAGAAGAAAUUGGGUCAAAGCAGCAGUGAAGUAUGUAUGAAACCUAACAUGUCUACAGUUAAUCUAUAGGUGGUGAAAUAGUGUCAAAUGCUUUAGGAUACUGAUUGAAGUGGAUGGCUUUCCUUUGUAUUUUUAGGAUAAUUUUAUUAUCUUUAUAAUGCACUUUUUUCUUAACCUCUGGUUUUCAUUCUGUCCUUUUCUCCUGUUAAGUACAUACAUUUUAAAAAUAAGGAUCAUUUCCAAAGAUCCUUAGGAAACUUGGGAAUUAUUAUUAUUCCUCAUAGAAGUUGAGAGGCUUUUUUUUUUCCUGUGAAGUAUUUUUAGUGAUUUCUCUAUUGCCAUGGUUAGGCAAGCCAGAUUAAAUCAUAGGAUAAUGUUUAAUGGAAUGUUUCAGAAAUCGUCUUAUUUCUUAUCUUUACUUUUGUAAAUGGGUACAGAAUGUGUGUAUAUUUAUUUCAUGAAUUUCAGGAUAACUUGUACAGAAAGGCCAUAGUACUGUUCUCCAAAAUGCAAAUGUUUUAAUUUAUAAACUACUUGACAUGUUAGGCACUUCCUUCAUUUACCUUUCAUUUUAAAUAUAUUGUGCUUUUUUACAAAUCACCUAUAGUAAGUACAUCCAAAGUAGAGAAUUAAGAGAUGUAUCUAGAUCCUACCACUGAAUUUAAAAAAAAAAAAAACUUUACUGAGACAAAAUUCUUAUACCACACUGUUUACCCAUUGAACGCGUACAAAUCAUGGUCUCUUAGUAUAGUCACAGUGUUGCAUAAACAUCACCAUCAUCAAUUAUAGGACAUUUUCAUGACCCUGAAAAGAACCAGCAACCUAUUUUGUUUCCAUACAUUAGCCCAUUCUGGACACCACAUAUCAACUGGAUCACACAAUAUGUGGUGGUCUUUUGUGUCUGGCUUCAUCUACUUAGUAUAACAUUUUGAAGGUUCAUUGUGUUGUAACAUGUAUCAGUACUUAAUUUCAUCUUUCUGCUGAGUAUUGUUCCACUGUAUGGACGUACCAUUCAUUUUAUUUAGCCAUUUAUCAGUUGAUGGACCUUUGGGUUUUUUCCACGUUUUGGCUAUUAAUCAUCCUGCUGUGACCUUUUAUGUACAAGUUUUUGUGUUUGCGUAUGUGUUCUUCUCUUGGGUAUAUACUUAGGAGUUGAAUUUCUGGGUUCUAUAGUAACUCUAUACUUAAGCUUUUGAGGAGCUGACAGUCUGCUUUUCAAAGUGGUUGCACCAUUUUACAUUCUCAUCAGCAUUGUAUGAAGGUUCUAACUUCUUCACAUCUUUGCCAGCAUUUUUCAUAUUUUUGAUUUAAAAAGGAUUCUAACCCAGAGGUAUAAAGUGGUAUCAUGUCAUUGUGGUUUUGAUUCACAUUUCCCUAAUGAUGAAUGACUGUAAGCCUCUUUUCAUGUGCUUAUGAGCCAUUUGUAUAUCUUCUUUGGGAAAUGUCUAUUCAAAUCAUUUGCCCACUCUAAAAUUGGGUUAUCUUAAAUUUCAGAAUUUUAAGAGUUCUUUAUAUACUCUAGGUGUAAGUCCCUUAUCAGAUAUAUUGUUUCCAAAUAUUUUCAAUGUCUUUCCUUUUUACUUUCUUAUGAUUUAUUAUGUUUUUAAAAUUUAUAUAAUUUUAAGUUGUAGAGAGAAGGUCUCACUAAGUUGCCUAGGCUUAUCUUGAACUGAGCUCAAGCAUUCCCAAAAUAUUAGGAUUACAGGUGUAAGCCACCAUGCCCAACCUCCUUUCCCUUUCUUAAUGGUCUCCGUUUAAGCACAGAAGUUUUGCAUUUCAAUGAAGUCCAGUUAAUCUAUUUUUCUGCAGUCACAAAGAUCUAUGGCUAUGUUUUCUCCUAGGAAUUUUAUAAUUUUAGUGGUUCUAUUUUGUUAGUUUUAUAUAUGACAUUUGGUGGAAAUCCACCUUUAUUCUCUUGCACAUGGAAAUACAGUUGUCCCAGCAUCAUUUGUAGAAAAAUCUAUUCGUUUCUCAUUUUUUUAUACCCUUGUUGAAAAUCAGUUGACUAUAAAAAUGUAGGUUUCUUUUUGGAUUCUAGAUUCUAAUAUGUUGAGCCAGUACCAAAUCACAUUUAUGCCAGUACCGAAUCACAUUUUAGGAGAAUUCAUUUUCAGUCCUGUUGCUUAUCACGAGUUGUCUUAGGUAAGAACAGAAAUUCAAGUAGUAGAAUGUCUUUAAUUUCAUUUUAUGCUUCUUGAAGGAGUGUAUGGCCAGCUUAUGCCUUGCUGAUUCCAUGACAUGAUGAGAGUCAGGCUUGCAAAGACAGAUCCCAUUGAUUUUUUUUUCUCCAGUCACACCUUUUGUCUCUCACCCAGUGCCUCUCUCUUCACUCCCAUUUCCAUCAAUUCUUCACCACAGGAUCUGCUGACUGCAUCUACUAUUUAUUACGUUAUGUUUCAUUAGCUCAUUAUAAGUCAUGAAGUCAUGUGUAGAUUUGAACUAUCUAUGAAGAUCAAGAUUAAGUCUGGGCUGUCAUCUUUCCUCAUUGGAAACUGAGCUAAUUUAUCAUGUUGCAGUUCACAGUUAGAUCCUCUUUUGACCCAGCACCUGGUUCUCUUAUACAACCCCGGGGCUAAAUCCUAUUCUUGGCACAGAUCCUACAUUCUCAGAAACCAGAGUUCCCUGCAUUUACCUCCUUUUGCUUAAAUGUAGAUGAGUAGCUAUGCUUUUCUAGCUCAAUACAUAAUUCAUUGAAUAAAUACUUCAACCUAUUCAAAGAACAACUUCCAGGAGUGCAGCAACUGGAUAUCGGGUAAUGUCCAGGCAUUUAUCAGGAACAAAGAGUCAAAUUAGUUGUAUGAAUUUCAAAAUUUCAGAGCCAAUUUAUAUGAUAUGGAGAAGCAUUUUGUUACAAUAUAAAGAUGAGCUGCUUUUCCCUUCUCCAUACAAAUGAGUUAAGGGGAAAUUGCAUUGAAUAGCCAAAUAUUCUACACUGGAACUCCUAGGCUCUCUUUGUGGCUAAGUUUCCUCACAACAUGGGGGCUGGGUUUCAAGGCGAGCAGUCUGCGGUAGAGAGCCUCUUUAAACCUAAUGUAGGAAGCAACAUCGUGUUAUCACUUUUAACACAUUCUGUUCAUUAGAAGCAAGCCGUUAAGUUUCACCCAUAGUCUAUGUAUAGGAUGAAUUAUUUUGCUUUUACUUUUAUUUGUGUGUGUGUUUUUUUUUAAACAUGAUGUCUUGCUAUGUUGCCCAGGCUGGCCUUGACCACCAUGGCUCAGGAAUUCUUUCUGCCUCAGUCUUCCAGGUGGCUGAGAUCACAGGCCUGUGACACCACACCUGGCUUCCUUUUGUUUUUUGUGGACUUGUAUAACUACAUAUUUAUGGUAUACACAGUGAUAUUUCGAUAUGUGUAAACAAUGUGUGAUGGUCAAAUAAGACUAUAACAUAUCCAUCACCUCAAACAUUCACCAUUUCUUUGUGCUGUGAGCUUUGAAAAUCCACUCCUCUAGCUAUUUAAAACUAUUAGUUAACCAAACCAGGUGUGGUGGUACACACCUCUAAUCCUAGCUACUAGGGAGGCUGAGGCAGAAUGGCUUGAACCUCAGAGGCAAAGGUUGCAGUGAGCUGAGAGUGCAUCACUGUACUUUAGCUUGAGUGACAGAGUGAGACUCUGUCUCUAAAAAAAAAGAAAAGUUAACCAUAUUCACCCUACAAUGCAGAAGAACACUAGAAUUCAUUCCCCCAUCUAGCUAUCAUUUUAUAUCCAUAAAACAACCUCUCCCCAUCUCCCCUUACCUUUCUCAGCCUCUGUUACCCACAAUUCCAAAAACUUUUUUUUUAAUUUUAGCUUCCAUAUGAGUGAGAACAUACAGUAGUUAUUUUUCUGUGCCUGAAUUAUUUCACUUAAUGUCACUUAAUGUUUUCAUCCAUGUUGCUGUCAAUUGCAUAAUUUUAUUCUUUUUUAUGGCUAAAUAGUAUUCCACUGUGUACAUAUGUCACAUUUUCUUUCUUUUUUUGCUUCUCUAAUUUAUUUUAUAUAUUUUUUCAUUGCAUUUUAGGUUUUGGGAUACAUGUGAAGAACAUGCAACAUAGUUGCAUAGGUACACACGUUUCGGUGUGAUUUGCUGCCUUCCUCCCCUUCACCUACAUCUGGCAUUUCUCCCCAUGCUCUCUCUCCCCAACUCCCCACCCCCAGCUGUCCCUCCCCUGUUCCCCCAACAGACCCCAGUGUAUCACAUUUCCUUUACUCACAACCACAGUCAUCUAUUGAUGAACAUUUAGGUUGAUUCUGUAGUUUGGUUAUUGUGAAUAGUGCUGCAGUAAACAUGGGGAUACUGGUAUCCCUUUGAUAUACUGAAUGUCUUUCUUUUGGAUAAAUAGUAGUGGGAUUACUGGAUUAUAUGAGACUUGUAUUUUUAGUUUUUUAAGAAAGUUCCACAGUUUUCCAUAAUGGCUAUACUAGUUUACAUUCCCUCCAUGAGUGCAUAAGAGUUUUCUUUUUCUCUCCAACCUCACCAGGAUUUUUUACUUUUUUUUUUAAAUAUAUAUAGUAGCCAUUCUAACUGUGGUGAGAUGAUAUCUCAUUUUGAAUUUUAUUUCCGUUUUCCUGCUGUCAGUGAUGUUGAGUACUUUUCCAUAUAUUUUUUGGCCAUUUGUACCUCUUCUUUUUAGAAAUGUCUAUUUAAAUUCUUUGUCCACAUUAGGGACAUUAUUAACUGCUUUUACUGUUGUGUUAAGUUUCUGGUAUAUUCUAGAUAUUAGACCUUUCUCAGAUGAAUAGAUUUAUAAAUAUUGUCUCUUAUAUUACAGAUUGUUGGUUGUUCAACAAAGGAUUUGCUGUGAAGAAACUUAAUUUUAAAAUAGCCUUACUUGUCUAUUUUUGUUUUUAUGCCUGUGCUUUUUUUGCAUAUUCCUGUGAUAACUUAGCUUGAAAAUCUUUGCCUUGACCUGUGUCAUGAAGCAUUUUUCCUGUAUUUUCUUGUAGUAGUUUUAUAAUUUUGGAUUUCAUGUUUAAGUCUUUAAUCCAUUUUGUGUUGAUUUUUGUAUAUGGUGAAAAAUAGGGACCUAGUUUUAUUCUUCUUUUUACAAAUAUCCAGUUUCCCUGGUUCCAUUUGUCAAUGAGAGUGUUCUUUCCCCAAUGUAUGUUCUUGACACCUUUGUUGAAAAUCCGGUGUCUGUAAAUAUGUGUUUUUAUUUCUGGGUUCUCUAUUCUGUUCCACUGAUUUAAUUUUCUGUUUUUUAUACCAAGACCAUGCUUUUUUGUUACCAUAAGCUUAUAAUAUAUUUGAAGUCAGGUAGAUUUCAAGGAGGUAGAGUGAUGCUUCCAGCUUUGUUCUUUUCCCUCAGACUUGGCUUGUCUAAGUCUAGCAUUUUUGUGGUUUCAUAUAAAUUUUAGGAUUUUUUUUUUAUUUCUGUGAAGAAUGUUAUUGGUGUUUGUCGUUGCAAGUUAUAAAGGGCAUUUUAUUUUCAUCUUAUUUAUUUUUUCUCUUUCUUUCUUUUUUCUUUUUUUUUCUAGACAGAGUCUCACUCUGUCUUCAGGUCCCAGCCUGAAGUUUAGUGGCACAAUCUCAGCUCAUUGCAAUCUCUACCUCCUGGGUUCAAGCAAUUCUCCUACUUCAGCCUCUCGAGUAGCUGGAUACUACAGGUGUGCGCCACCACUCCCAGCUAAUUUUUGUAUUUUUUAGUAGAGACAGGGUUUCACCAUGUUGGCCAGGAUGGUCUCGAUCUUUUGACCUCAUGAUCUGCCCACCUCGGCCUCCCAAAGUGCUGGGAUUACAGGCGUGAGCCACCGCCUCUUUCUUAACUUUUAUUUUAGAUUUAGGGGGUACAUGUGCAGGUUUGUUACAAAGGUAUAUAUUGCAUAAUGGUUAGGUUUGGGGUGCAAUUGAACCUAUCACCGAGGUAGUGAGCAUGUACCUGGCAUGUCAUUUUUCAACCAUUGUCCCAACCCAAUCCCUCUUCUUGUAGUCCCCAGUGUCUGUUGCUCUUCUCUUUAUGUCCAUGUGGACCCAAUGUUUAGGUCCCACUGACAAGUGAGACAUGUAGUAUUUGGUUUUCUGUUUCCACAUCAGUUUGCUUAGCAUCAUGGCCUCCAGCUACAUCCAUGUUCUUGCAAAGAACAUUAUUUUGUUCUUGUUAUAGCUGCAUAGUGUUACAUAUUUUAUGUGUGCUACAUUUUCUUAAUCCAGUGCACUAUUGAUGGGCUUCUGGAUUGAUUCCAUAUCUUUGCUAUUGUGAAUAGUGCUGCAGCCAACAUAUGGGUGCGUGUGUCUUUUUGGUAGAAUGAUUUCUGGGAGGGAGUGGGUAUUUAACCCGCUAAUGGGAUUGCUGGGUUGAAGGCAGUUCUAUUUUUAGUUCCAUGACAGAAAUCUCCAAACUGCUUUCCACAGUGGCUAAAUGAAUUUACCAUUUUCUCCAGCAGUGUAUUCGAAUGCCCUUUUUGCUGUAGCAGCUCUGCCAAAAUCUGGGUCGAUGUUCCUUGUUUUUGGACUUUUUAGUGAUAGCCAUUAUGGCUAUCACUGGUUUGAGAUGGCAUUUCAUUGUGGCUUUGAUUUGCUUUUCUCUGAUUAGUGAGAUGAGCUUUUAUUUCAUGUUUGCCCUCUGCUUUUCUGUCUUUUUUUGGGAAAUGUCUCUUUAUGUAUUUUGCCCGCUUUUAUAUAUUUUUUUAAAUUCUUGCUUGUUGAUUUAAGUUUCUUAUAGGUUCUGGAUAUCAGAACUGUUUAAUGCAUCGCUUGUAAAUACAUUCUUUCAUGAUUUAGGUUGCCUAGUUAGUCUCUUGAAUGGUUCCUUUUUCUAUGCAGAAGCUCCUUUGUUUAACUAGGUUCCAGUUUUUCAUUUUGUUGCAGUUGCUUUUGACGACUUAUUCAUAAAUUAUAUUCAGAGGCUGAUUUCAAAUACUAUGUUUCUUUGGUUUUCUUGUAGGGUUUUUAUAGUUAGAGGUUUUUCUUUUAAGAAUGUACUUCAGCUUUCAUUCAUUUUUAUAUGUGGUGAUAGCUAGGGGUCAAGGUUCAUAUUUCUGUGUAUGGAUAGCAAGUCAUCCCAGCACCAUUUAUUGAACAGGGAGUCCUUUCCCCAUUGCGCUUUUUCAAAGAUCAAAUGGUUAUAGGCUUGUGGCUUUAUUUCUGGGCUCUCUAUUCUGUUCCAUUGGUCUGUGUGUCUGUUUUUGUGCCAGUACCAUGCUGUUUUGUUCAUUGUAGGCUUUGUUUACUGAGUAUAGUUUGAAGUUGGGCAGUGUGAUGUGUCAGGUUUUGUUCUUUUUGCUUAGGAUGGCUGUGGGUGUUUGGGCUCUUUUCUCAUUUCAUAUGAAAUUUUAGAAUAGUUUUUCUAAUGCUGUGAAAAAUGACCUUUGUAGUUUGAUAGGAAUAGUAUUGAGUUUGUAGAUUGCUUUGGGCAGUAUGGCCAUUUUACUGAUACUGAUUUUUCCAAUCUGUGAGCAUGGAAUGUUUUUGCAUUUUUUGGUGUCAUGACUUUUCAGCAGUGUUUUGCAGUUCUCCAUUUAGCCACGUUUCAUCUCUGUGGUUAGAUGCAUUCCUAAGUAUUUUGCUUUCUUGUGUAUGGCUUUUGUCAAUGGAAUCACAUUCUGGAUUUGUCUCUCAGCUUGAACUUUAUUGGUCUAUAGAAAUGCUACUGAUAUUUUUGCAUUCUGACUGAAGUCAUUUGUCAGUUCCAGGAUACACUGGCAGACUCACAGAGUUUUCUACUUAGAGCAUCAGAUCAUCAGCAAAGGGAGAUAGUUUGGCUUCUUUUCCUUUUUGGAUGCCUUUCUUUCUUUUGCCUGAUUGCUCUGGCUAGGUGGGAGUUCCAGUCCUAUGUUGAAUAGAUGUGGUGAGAUGGGGCAUCCUUGUCUUGUUCCAGCUGUCAAGGGGAAUGCUUCCAACUCUUUUUGUUCUUUUUUCUUUAUUAUUUUAUAGAGACAAGGUCUCACUGUGUGGCCAGGUUGGUCUCAGACUCCUGGCCUCAAGUGAUACUCCUGUCUUCACCUCCCAACAUGCUGGAGUUAUAAGCAUGAGCCACUGCACUCAGCUCCCACUUCCAGCUUUUGCCCAUUCUGUGAUUUCAGCAGCAGGUUUGUUACAAAGUGGCCCUUGUUAUUUGGAGGUCUAUUUGUUUGAUGCCUAAUGUGUUGAUUUUUUUCAUGAAGGGAUUAUGGAUGUUAUUGAAAGCUUUUUUGCAUCUUUUGUGAUGAUCAUAUGGUUUUUCUUUUUCCAUUCUGUUUAUGUGGUGAAACACAUUUACUCAUUUGUGUACUUUGAACCAACCUUGCAUCACAAGAAUAAACUCGACUUGAUUGUGGUGAAGUAAACUUUUGAUGUAUUGCUGGGUUUCAUUUGCUAAUAUUUUGUUGAGACUUUUGUGUCUACAUUCAUCGGAAAUAUAGGGCUGUAGUUUUCCUUUUUUUCAUGAAAGCCACUGACUUUAUUGAUUUAAAAAACUUUACAACAAUAGUGACUCUUCUGCCAAAAAAGGAGCCAAAUGGUUUCAAACUGGCUGAAAGUGAGGGUGGGGGUCAGGGAUAGGGCCAGGAUUCCAUUCAGGAAAGCCAGUAACUGUCAUCAGGGAACUGGCAAUGGAAAAAGGAAGAGGGAGGCAUGGAAGAGCGAGAAUCCAAAAAAGUUGAAAUGGUUAGGGGAGGAAACUCCCAAAGACCCUGGAGUAUGUCGGAGGUGAGUAAGGCAAUAGCAAUCUUUUACUUUGUAGCAGACAGAGAGGAGUCCCUAUUCCAGAGUUGAGUAGGAAAAUAGCAGUCUUUUUUUUUUUUUUUUUUUUUUUUUUUUUUGAGACAGAGUUUAGCUCUUGUUACCCAGGCUGGAGUGCAAAGGCGAGAUCUCGGCUCUCUGCAACCUCUGCCUCCUGGGUUCAGGCAAUUCUCCUGCCUCAGCCUCCUGAGGAGCUGGGAUUACAGGCACGCACCACCAUGCCCAGCUAAUUUUUGUUGUUGUUAUUGUUUGAUUUUUUUUUUGAGACAGAGUUUCGCUCUUGUUACCCAGGCUGGAGUGCAAUGGCGCAACUUGGCUCACCGCAACCUCUGCCUCCUGGGUUCAGGCAAUUCUCCUGCGUCAGCCUCCCGAGUAGUUGGGACUACAGGUGCGUGCCACCAUGCCCACCUAAUUUUUGUAUUUUUAGUAGAGACAGGGUCCAUGUUGACCAGGAUGGUCUCGAUCUAUUGACCUUGUGAUCCACCUGCCUCUGCCUCCCAAAGUGCUGGGAUUAUAGGCGUGAGCCACCGCGCCCGGCCUGCUGAAUUCUUUUAUGUGCACAGAGAGACAGUGUGACUUUCUGUUUUCCAAUUUGGAUCCCCUUGAUUUUUUUGACAAUUUCUGUGUCUGUGUCCUUCAGGGAUAUUGACAUGUAGUUUCCUUUUGUUGUGUGUGUCCUUGUCUCGGUUUGGCCUUACAGUAAUACUGACCUUCAGAAUAAACUAGAAAGAUUUUGGAGUAAUUUGCAAAACAUUGCUGUUAGUUUUUCCUUAAAAGUUUAAUAGAAUUCAGCAGUAAAGUUACCCAGUUUUACACUUUUCUUUAUUGGGAAACUUUACUGCUGAUUCAAUUACAUAACCUUUCAUUGUUCUGUUCAGGUUUCCAUUUCUUCUUGGUUCGUUCUUGCUGGUUAUGCAUUUCCAGGAAUGUAUCCAUUUUCUCUAGGCUUUUCAGUUUGUUGGCAUAUAGUUGUGCACAGUAGUCUCUCAUGACCCCAUGUAUUUCUUUGGUAUCGGUUUUAAUAUCUCCUUCUCUGUUUCUCUUUUUGUUUUUCUCUUUUUUCUUGUUUAAUAUAGUUAGCAGUGUAUCAGUUGUGUUUAUCUUUUCCCAAAACCGUCUUCCAGUUUGAAGGAUGUUUAGUUGGUUUUGUUUUUUUACUCUACCUCAUUCAGUUCUGCCCUGCCUUUAUCAUUUCUUUCCUUCUACUAUAUUUGAGUUUCGGGUCUGUUCUUGCUGUUUUGGUUUCUUAAGGUGCAUGGUUACGUUACUUGUUUGAAGUCUUUCUCUUUUUUAGACGUAGCUGUUAAUUGCUAUAAAUUGCCCUCUUAGUGCUUCUUUUGUCACUUUCUAUAGGGGUUGGUUUCUUUCCCAUUUUUAUUUGUUACAAAAUAUUUAAAUUUUUUUUCUUAAUUUAUUGAUUGACCCAGUUGUUCAUUCAGGAGCAUGCCGUUUAAUUUCCAUGUGUUUGCAGUUUCCAAAAUUUUUGUCCCUGUUAUUGAUUUCUAUAUUUAUUCCAUUGUGGUUGAGAAGAUACUUGAUUCCUAGGAGUUUGUAAACUCAGUAGAUGGUCUAUUCUGGAGAAUUUUCUAUGUGCUAAUGAGAAGAAUGUGUAUUCUGCAGCUUUUUUUUUCUUUUUUUUUUCAGCACACUCAAAAAUAUUCCCUACUUUAUUGUUUAGUGGUUUAUUCAAAAGGACAUCAUGAAACCCAGAUACCUAUGGGAUUCUCUCAUUUCAGAGGUCUUGUAGUUCGUGUAGUCAAUUUUGUUAACCUUAACAUAUAACAAAGGAUUUUGAAUGUAUAACUGGAUGGCAAUUUCAGGUAGUCUCCCAUUCUUACCAAGUUUUAGUUUCUAAUAAUAAUAUUGCCAUUUUUAUUAUUAUUAUUAUCCUUUAGGUUCUGGAGCACAUGUGCAGAACAUGCGUGUUUGUUACAUAGGUAUACAUGCACCAUGUUGGUUUGCUGCGUCCAUCAACCCAUCACCUACAUUAGGUAUUUCUCCUAAUGCUAUCCCUCCCCAACCCUCCCACCCCCAACAGGCCCCAGUGUGUGAUGUUCCCUUCCCUGGUCCAGGGGUUCUCAUUGUUCAACUCCCACUUAUGAGUGAGAACAUGUAGUGUUUGGUUUUCUGUUCUUGUGUCAGUUUGCUGAGAAUGAUGGUAUCCAGCUUCAUCCAUAUCGCUCUGAAGGACACGAACUCAUCCUUUUUUAUGGCUGCAUAGUAUUCCAUGAUGUACAUGUGCCACAUGUGCUUUUUUUUUUUAAUUUUUAUUGGAUUUUAGGUUUUGGGGUACAUGAGCAGAGCAUGCAAGACAGUUGCGUAGGUACACACAUGGCAGUGUGCUUUGCUUUUCUUCUCCCCUUCACCCACAUUUGGCAUUUCUCCCCAGGCUAUCCCUCCCCACCUCCCCCUCCCACUGGCCCUCCCCUUUUCCCCCCAAUAGACCCCAGUGUUUAGUACUCCCCUUUCUGUGUCCAUGUGUUCUCAUUUUUCAUCACCCACCUAUGAGUGAGAAUAUGCGGUGUUUCAUUUUCUGUUCUUGUGUCAGUUUGCUGAGGAUGAUGUUCUCCAGAUUCAUCCAUGUCCCUACAAAUGACACAAACUCAUCAUUUCUGAUUGCUGCAUAAUAUUCCAUGGUGUAUAUGUGCCACAUUUUUCCAAUCCAAUCUAUUAUCAAUGGGCAUUUCGGUUGAUUCCAGGUCUUUGCUAUUGUAAACAGUGCUGCAAUGAACAUUCGUGUACAUGUGUCCUUAUAGUAGAACGAUUUACAGACUUUCGGAUAUAUACCCAGUAAUGGGAUUGCUAGGUCAAAUGAAAUUUCUAUUUCUAAGGCCUUGAGGAAUCGCCAUACUGUCUUACACAAUGGUUGAACUAAUUUACACUCCCACCAACAGUGUAAAAGUGUUCCUUUUUCUCCACAUCCUCUCCAGCAUCUGUUGUCUCCAGAUUUUUUAAUGAUCGCCAUUCUAAUUGGUGUGAGAUGGUAUCUCAAUGUGGUUUUGAUUUGCAUCUCUCUGAUGACCAGUGACGAUGAGCAUUUUUUCAUAUGAUUGUUGGCCUCAUAUAUCUCUUCUUUCGUAAAGUAUCUGUUCAUAUCCUUUGCCCACUUUUGAAUGGGCUUGUCUGUUUUUUUCCUGUAAAUCUGUUUGAGUUCUUUGUAAAUUCUGGAUAUCAGCCCUUUGUCAGAUGGGUAGACUGCGAAAAUUUUUUCCCAUUCUGUUGGCUGCCGAUCCACUCUAGUGACUGUUUCUUUUGCCGUGCAGAAGCUGUGGAGUUUCAUUAGGUCCCAUUUGUCUAUUUUGGCUUUUGUUGCCAAUGCUUUUGGUGUUUUGUUCAUAAAGUCCUUGCCUACUCCUAUGUCCUGGAUGGUUUUGCCUAGAUUUCCUUCUAGGGUUUUUAUGGUGCCAGGUCUUAUGUUUAAGUCUUUAAUCCAUCUGGAGUUAAUUUUAGUGUAAGGUGUCAGGAAGGGGUCCAGUUUCUGCUUUCUGCACAUGGCUAGCCAGUUUUCCCAACACCAUUUGUUAAACAUGGAAUCCUUGCCCCAUUGCUUGUUUUUGUCGGGUUUAUCAAAGAUUGUAUAGUUGUAUGUAUGUUGUGUUGCCUCCAGUGCAUCUGUUUUGUUCCAUUGGUCUAUAUCUCUGUUUUGGUACCAGUACCAUGCUGUUUUGAUUACUGUAGCCUUGUAGUAUAGUUUGAAAUCCGGUAGUGUGAUGCCCCCCGCUGUGUUCUUUUUGCUUAGAAUUGACUAGGCUAUGCGGGCUCUCUUUUGGUUCCAUAUGAAGUUCAUGGUGGUUUUUUCCAGUUCUGUGAAGAAAGUCGAUGGUAGCUUGAUGGGGAUAGCGUUGAUUCUGUAAAUUACUUUGGGCAGUAUAGCCAUUUUCACGAUAUUAAUUCUUCCUAACCAUGAACAUGGAAUGUUUCUCCAUCUGUUUGUGUCCUCUCUGAUUUCGUUGAGCAGUGGUUUGUAGUUCUCCUUGAAGAGGUCUCUUACGUUCCUUGUGAGUUGUAUUCCAAGGUAUUUUAUUCUUUUUGUAGCAAUUGCGAAUGGCAGUUCGCUCUUGAUUUGGCUUUCUUUAAGUCUGUUAUUGGUGUAGACGAAUGCUUGUGAUUUUUGCACAUUGAUUUUAUAUCCUAAGACUUUGCUGAAGGUGCUUAUCAGUUUCAGGAGUUUUGGGGCUGAGGCGAUGGGGUCUUCUAAGUAUACUAUCAUGUCGUCUGCAAAUAGAGACAAUUUGGCUUCCACCUUUCCUAUUUGAAUACCCUUUAUUUCUUUUUCUUGCCUGAUUGCUCUGGCUAGAACUUCCAGUACUAUAUUGAAUAGGAGUGGUGAGAGACGGCAUCCUUGUCUAGUGCCAGAUUUUAAAGGGAAUGCUUCCAGUUUUUGCCCAUUCGGUAUGAUAUUGGCUGUUGGUUUGUCGUAAAUAGCUUUUAUUACUUUGAGAUACGUUCCAUCGAUACCGAGUUUAUUGAGGGUUUUUAGCAUAAAGGGCUGUUGAAUUUUGUCAAAUGCCUUCUCUGCGUCAAUUGAGAUAAUCAUGUGGUUUUUGUUUUUGGUUCUGUUUAUGUGGUGAAUUACGUUGAUAGACUUGCGUAUGUUGAACCAGCCUUGCAUCCCUGGGAUUGAAUCCUACUUGAUCAUGAUGAAUAAGUUUUUUGAUUUGUUGUUGCAAUCGGCUUGCCAAUAUUUUAUUGAAGAUUUUUGCAUCUAUGUUCAUCAUGGAUAUUGGCCUGAAGUUUUCUUUUCUCGUUGGGUCUCUGCCGGGUUUUGGUAUCAGGAUGAUGUUGGUCUCAUAAAAUUAUUUGGGAAGGAUUCCCUCUUUUUGGAUUGUUUGAAAUAGUUUUAGAAGGAAUGGUACCAGCUCCUUUUUGUGUGUCUGGUAGAAUUCGGCUGUGAACCCGUCUGGACCUGGGCUUUUUUUUGUGUGGUAGGCUCUUAAUUUCUGCCUCAACUUCAGACCUUGUUAUUGGUCUAUUCAUAGUUUCAGCUUCCUCCUGGUUUAGGCUUGGGAGGACACAGGAGUCCAGGAAUUUAUCCAUUUCUUCCAGGUUUACUAGUUUAUGCGCAUAGAGUUGUUUGUAAUAUUCUCUGAUGAUGGUUUGAAUUUCUGUGGAAUCUGUAGUGAUUUCCCCUUUAUCAUUUUUUAUUGCAUCUAUUUGGUUGUUCUCUCUUUUAUUUUUAAUCAAUCUGGCUAGUGGUCUGUCUAUUUUGUUGAUCUAUUCAAAAAACCAGCUCUUGGAUUUAUUGAUUUUUUGAAGGGUUUUUCGUGUCUCAAUCUCCUUCAGCUCAGCUCUGAUCUUAGUUAUUUCUUGUCUUCUGCUGGGUUUUGAGUUUUUUUGAUCUUGCUCCUCUAGCUCUUUCAAUUUUGACGAUAGGGUGUCAAUUUUGGAUCUCUCCAUUCUCCUCAUAUGGGCACUUAUUGCUAUAUACUUUCCUCUAGAGACUGCUUUAAAUGUGUCCCAGAGGUUCUGGCACGUUGUGUCUUCGUUCUCAUUGGUUUCGAAGAACUUCUUUAUUUCUGCCUUCAUUUCGUUGUUUACCCAGUCAACAUUCAAGAGCCAGUUGUUCAGUUUCUGUGAAGCUGUGCGGUUCUGGGUCGGUUUCUAAAUUCUGAGUUCUAACUUGAUUGCACUAUGGUCUGAGAGGCUGUUUGUUAUGAUUUCAGUUGUUUUGCAUUUGCUGAGCAGUGCUUUACUUCCAAUUAUGUGGUCAAUUUUAGAGUAGGUGUGAUGUGGUGCUGAGAAGAAUGUGUAUUCUGUGGAUUUGGGGUGGAGAGUUCUGUAAAUGUCUAUCAGGUUUGCUUGCUCCAGGUCUGAGUUCAAGCCCUGGAUAUCCUUGUUGAUUUUCUGUCUGGUUGAUCUGUCUAGUAUUGACAGUGGAGUAUUAAAGUCUCCCACUAUUAUUGUGUGGGAGUCUAAGUCCUUUUGUAAGUCAUUAAGAACUUGCCUUGUGUAUCUGGGUGCUCCUGCAUUGGAUCCAUAUAUGUUUAGGAUCGUUAGCUCUUCUUGUUGUAUCGAUCCUUUUACCAUUAUGUAAUGGCCUUCUUUGUCUCUUUUGAUCUUUGUUGCUUUAAAGUCUAUUUUAUCAGAGAUGAGAAUUGCAACUCCUGCUUUUUUUGGCUUUCCAUUAGCUUGGUAAAUCUUCCUCCAUCCCUUUAUUUUGAGCCUUUGUGUAUCCUUGCAUGUGAGAUGGGUUUCCUGAAUACAGCACACUGAUGGGUUUUGGAUUUUUAUCCAAUUUUCCAGUCUGUGUCUUUUGAUUGGUGCGUUUAGUCCAUUUACAUUUAGGGUUAAUAUUGUUAUGUGUGAAUUUAAUACUGCCAUUUUGAUGCUAAGUGGCUGUUUUGCCUGUUAGUUGUUGUAGAUUCUUCAUUAUGUUGAUGCUCUUUAGCAUUCAGUGUGAUUUUGGAAUGGCUGGUACUGGUUGAUCCUUUCUAUGUGUAGUGCCUCUUUAAGGAGCUCUUGUAAAGCAGGCCUGGUGGUGACAAAAUCUCUGAGUACUUGCUUGUUCGCAAAGGAUUUUAUUUUUCCUUCACUUCUGAAGCUCAGUUUGGCUGGAUAUGAAAUUCUGGGUUGAAAGUUCUUUUCUUUAAGGAUGUUGAAUAUUGGCCCCCACUCUCUUCUGGCUUGUAGUGUUUCUGUCGAGAGAUCUGCUGUGAGUCUGAUGGGCUUCCCUUUGUGGGUGACCCGACCUUUCUCUCUGGCUGCCCUUAGUAUUCUCUCCUUUAUUUCAACCCUGUUGAAUCUGACGAUUAUGUGCCUUGGGGUUGCUCUUCUUGCGGAAUAUCUUUGUGGUGUUCUCUGUAUUUCCUGCAAUUGAGUGUUGGCCUGUCUUGCUAGGUGGGGGAAAUUUUCCUGGAUGAUGUCCUGAAGAGUAUUUUCCAGCUUGGAUUCAUUCUCUUCGUCCCCUUCUGGUACACCUAUCAAACGUAGGUUAGGUCUUUUCACAUAGUCUCACAUUUCUUGGAGACUUGUUCAUUCCUUUUUGCGCUUUUUUCUCUAAUCUUGGUUUCUCGUUUUAUUUCAUUGAGUUGGUCUUCGACUUCAGAUAUUCUUUCUUCUGCUUGGUCAAUUCGGCUAUUGAAACUUGUGUUUGCUUCGCGAAGUUCUUGUAUUGUGUUUUUCAGCUCCUUUAAUUCAUUCAUAUUCCUCUCUAAGUUAUCCAUUCUUGUUAUCAUUUCCUCGAAUCUUUUUUCAAAUCUUUUUUCAAGGUUCUUAGUUUCUUUGCAUUGAUUUAAUACAUGAUCUUUUAGCUCACAAAAGUUUCUCAUUAUCCAUCUUCUGAAGUCUAAUUCCAUCAUUUCAUCACAGUCAUUCUCCGUCCAGCUUUGUUCCCUUGCUGGUGAGGAGCUUUGGUCCUUUCUAGGAGGCGAGUUGUUCUGGUUUCAGGUGUUUUCCUCCUUUUUGCGCUGGUUUUUUCCCAUCUUUGUGGAUUUGUCCGCUGGUCGUCUGCGUAGUUGCUGACUUUUUGAUUGGGUCUCUGAGUGGACACCCAGAAUGUUGAUGAUGAAGUAUUUCUGUUGCUUGGUUUUCCUUCUACCAGUCUAGCCCCUUCGCUGUACAACUGCUGAGGUCCGCUCCAGACCCUGCUUGUCUGGGGUGCACCUCUAGCAGCUGUGGCACAGCGAGGGAUGCUACCAGUUUCUUUUUCUGCUAUCUUUGUCCCAGGAUGAUGCCUGCCUAAUGUCAGUCUUUUGGAUAUAGAGGGGUCAGGGAGCUGCUUGAGGAGACAGUUUGUACUUUAUAGGGGUUUAAUUGCUGAGCUGUGAGCUCUGUUGUUCAUUCAGGGUUGUUAGGCUGCUAUGUUUGAUUCUGCAGCAACAGAGCUCAUUAAAAAACCCUUUUUUUUCUCAAAUGCUCUGUGUUAAGGGGUUUGGGCUUUAUUUUUGAAUGUCCGUUGAGGUCCUGCCCAGCUAGGACAGAGACUAGCCGCUGUUUGGCUGCCGAGGCUCCGCCCUGCUGUUGUGUGAUUAGCCCUGUUCCUGCAGGCUCUGCUGUGGUCUCCGCCACACCCUGCAGUGGAGUCUCUCUGUUGUAGCGGGUUGCCUCGGCAACGGCAGGCUGCGUCAGCAGUGGGCGUGUAUCUCAGUAGGGACGGGUUGCCUCGGCAAUGGCAGGGUGCGUCAGCAGUGGGCGUGUAUCUCAGUAGGGACGGGUUGCCUCAGCAACGGCAGGCUGCGUCAGCAAUGGGCGUGUAUCUCAGUUGGCGCGGGUUGCCUUGGUAAUGGUGGACGCCCCUCCCCCUCAGAGCUUCUCGGGCCAUCUGCCUGGGGCUUGUUUGAAAUCACGGUUUUUUUCAUCCCACUGGGCCAAACCUAACUCUCUGUCCCUGCGAUCCCCUGGCUGGCCCACUGUCCAAGACUAGCUCAGUCUCAAGUCCAGCCCUCUCACGUCUCCUGUUGCUGGUUCAACGGGGCACCCAGACAAGCGCGCCCUGUGGGGAGCACUGGGUAGGGCCGGCCACCGCCACCCCGGCUGCCGGCUUCGCCAGGCAGAGGUUCUGCCUGGCAUCCCACGUCUCCUCUUCACUUGGGAAUUUCCCCAUUCCGUGGGCAACAAAGAUCAGUCUGGAAGUGCAGCUCAGACUCACCUUUCCGCGGACACAACGCGAGCUCCAAUCUUGGGCUGUUCUCACAGCGCCAUCUUGAGUCCUCCCCCCUAUUCUGCAGCUUUUUAAUGAAAUGUUCUGUAAGUGUCUGCUAGGUCCCUAUGGUCUGCAGUGCAGGUUAAUUUUGAUGUUUCUUUAUCGAUUUUCUGUUUAGAUCUUUACAAUGCUGAAAGUCAGGUGAUGGAGUCCUCAUCUACUAUUGUACUGGGGACUGUCUCUUUAGUUUCAGUGAUGUUUGUUUUAUAGAUCUGUGUGCUCAGGUGUUAAGUGCAUAUACCUUUAUGACUGUUGUAUACUCUUGCUGAAUUGAUCCUGUUAUUAUUAUAUAAUGACCUUCUUUUUUUCUUUUAUUUAUUUAUUUUUUGACUUAAGAUCUAUUUUGUCUGGUAGAAAUAUAGCUGCUCCUGCAUGCUUUUGGUUUCCAUUUGCAGCUGUGUAGUUACAAUGUCCUUUCCUUCGGGUUCCACUAUCAUUUUCUUCACUAUCCUUAAAACCCUUCCUACCAGCCUCUUCGAGGACCACCAGGCUUCCACUCACAGUCGCUUUAAGACUUUUUGUUUUCAUGCUUAUAUGACAAGUCUAUUCAAAACUGUUGCCAGCAGUCUCCAGUUACCCUAGAUAUGCUUAUGGGGAGGGGGGUGCAUUCUGAAUUGCCUGGCCAACUUAAUUACCCUAAUGAGGCUUAUACUCAGAUAACCUCCUUGGCGAUGUGUGCCUGGAGGCAGUUACCAUCAUCCAGUGUUAGGAUGGAGGAGCUUGCUAAAAUUCGUCAGGGAUCUGACGAGCCUUUUCAGGAAUUUGUCUCACGCCUCCUCCAGGCUGUUACACGCCAGGUUGGCAAUGAUGAAGCUGGAUCUCUAUUGGUGAAACAAUUGGCUUUUGAGAAUGCUAAUACGGCAUGCCAGGCAUCCAUGAGGCCCUUUAAACGUAAAGACACCUUAACUGAUUAUAUUCGCCUCUGUGCUGAUAUCAGACCUGCUUAUCAACAAGGUCUUGCUCUAGCAGCUGCUCAAGCAGGUAUGUCUAUUGCCACCUUUUUAAAACAGAGACCCAACCAACCUAGACCGCCCCUUAAAUUUUUUCAUUGUGGCAGUCUGGGCCAUAUGGCUAGACAGUGUCAAGUUCCUUUUGCUCCACAGCCUCAGAUGUUAGCUUUGCCAGCACCCCCAGAUCCUACUUUUACUUCUCCUUCUCCUGUCACCCCAUCACCCCAACCACAUCAACCAGGUUUGUGCCCUCGCUGUCACCGUGGCACCCAUUGGGCCAACGAGUGCCACUCUAAGCAUGAUGCCCAGGGCAAUCCUCUCCCUCAGCAAUUGGGAAACUCCCAGGGGGGUCAGUCCCAGCCCCCGCAAAAUAUCAGGACACCUUAUGUUCAAGCUCCUGUCCUGAGUUUGAGCGCAAAUCCGUUUCUCAACUCUGCAGAGCAACACCGAACAGCACAGGACUUGACCUCUGUGUCACCGCCUGACAGGUAUUAAGCCCUGACAUGGGACCCCAAGCCAUCCCUACGGGCAUUUUUGGCCCUCUUUUCUCAGGAUAUAUUGGUCUUAUUUUAGGUCAUAGUAACUGUUCCUUGAGAGGUCUGAAUGUAUUACCUGUUGUUGUUGAUGCUGAUUACUCAGGAGAAAUUAAGGUGUUUGCUUGGUCGCCUACAGGUGUUUUCACGCUGAGUCCUGAAUUGUUGUUUGCUCAACUGCUUCUCACUCCUAUUGAUACCUCAGCUGACUCUCAAUUGUCGACUAAAGUUAUAGGUAACAAAGGUUCUGAGCCUUCUUCUUCUUAUGCUUACUGGGUUCAAGCCAUUUCAUCUAUCAGACCUGAACUUACCAUUAAAAUUAAUGGCAAAACAUUUAAAGGCCUCCUGGACACAGGGGCUGAUGUGUCUGUAAUUCCCAUAAAUAUUGGCCUUCUCAAUGGCUUACAACUACUGCCAUGACUUCUCUACAAGGCAUAGGAAUGACUAACAAUCUUAUGCAAUCUGCAAGUUUAUUAACAUGGACUGAUGAUGAGGGUCACUCUGGCUCAUUUCACCCCUAUGUAAUUCCUGGUAUCCCACUCAAUCUUUGGGGCUGCGAUGUUUUAGAAGCCAUGGGGGCUCUAUUGGUGACCAAUCCCAUUUCUCUCGACAUUAUGACUAAACAGGGCUACUUGCCUGGCAAGGGCUUGGGAAAACUUUGCAGGGAAAUCCUGAGCCUCUUGCUCUUUUCCAGAAAACUGACCGUUCUGGCCUAGGAUAUUUUUCCUAGGGGUCACCAUGAUUCCCAACUCCCAUGCUGAUAAAAUUACUUGGUUGUCAGAUACUCCAGUGUGGGUGGAGCAGUGGCCCCUUUCUGAUUAAAAGAUUACAGUGGCUCAUGAGGUUGGUUCGGGAACAACUCUCUGCGGGUUAUAUUAGACCUACUAAUAGUUUUUGGAAUUCCCCUAUCUUUGUCAUUAAGAAGCGCUCCGGUAAAUGGAGGCUUUUACAGGAUUUAAGAAAGGUUAAUGCUACUAUGAAGGUGAUGGGCUCCUUACAACCCAGGCUACCUUCCCCUAUUGUUGUGUCUCAGACUUGGAAACUGUUAGUGAUUGAUCUGAAAGAUUGUUUCUUUUCCAUUCCUUUGCAUCCCUCAGAUUGUCAUCGUUUGGCCUUUAGCAUACCAUGCACUAAUUUUGAUCAACUGUAUGAGCGGUACAAGUGUAUUGUGUUGCCUCAAGUUAUGGCUAACAGCCCCAGCUUGUGUCAGACCUUUGUGUCUAAAGCCAUCCAACCUGUUCAUCAAUAAUUUUCUGAUACUCAACUAUUACAUUAUAUGGCUGAUCUUCUCUUAGCUGUUCCAACUGAGACCCUUCUUUAUCAAGCCUUUGAAUGUUUGCAAACCUAUUUGACAAAAAAUAACCUUGUUAUUGCACCAGAUAAGGUUCAGACUGCCACUCCCUACCAUUACUUGGGAAAGCUUAUUGAAUCUAACCAAGUUUCCUUUAAGACUCCUAUUCUCUCCACAGCAAAUUUAACCACACUGCAUGACUUUCAGAAAUUUUUAGGAGACAUUAACUGGAUUUGCCCGAGCUUGAAACUUACCACAGGACAAUUGAAGCCCUUAUUUGACAUUCUCAAAGGACCCUCUCUAAUCCAACUUCCCCUCGUUUUUUGACAGCUCCUGCCAAGGUGGCUUUGCAGUUAGUUCAUGAUACCUUGUCCAGGCAAAAACUUUCUCAUAUUAAGGAAAACUCCCACUGGUGUUAUUGUGUUCUUCCCACUGUUUAUACUCCUACUGCAGUUUCUUGGCAACAAGGUAUCCUGGAAUGGCUUCAUCUCUCGGCCAGCUGUGGGAAAGUUGUAACAUCUUACUUUGAAUGAGUUUCUGUUUUGGUAGCUAAAGGUCGUGUACAGGCUCUUUCUCUUUUUGGUAUUGAUCCUCCUGAAAUCCUUGUUCCUUAUUCUAGCACUCAGCAACAGUGGCUUUGGCAGUUCUCUGACUCCUGGCAAUUGGCCUGUGCUGGCUUUUCUGGUCAAAUACUGUGCCAUUAUCCUGCUGAUAAAUUGUUACAUUUUUACUCCCAAAACUUCCUUAUUUUUCCACAGACCUGCCUCAAGUCACCAUUAUCUGAAGCAUGCUUAGCCUUUACUGACGGCUCCUCUUCUGGUAUUGCUGCAGGCACUGUUAACACACACCCUUUUUGGUUUCAGACCCCAGAAUACUCCACUCAGUGCAUGGAGCUCCUGGCAGUUCAACAUGUCCUGACUAAUUGGGAUGUCCCUUUGAAUAUUACUCUGAUAGUCAAUAUGUUGUUAAUUUGGUUCAAAAUCUGGAAACAGCCCCUUUGUUUUUUUCUGACUCCUCUUCUAUAAUUCAUCUUUUGCUCCUCUUACAGCAGACACUUCACCGCAGAUUGCAUCCUUUUUUCAUUGGUCAUAUCAGAGCCCAUUCCUCCCUGCCAGGUCCUCUAACUGAGGGCAACACUCAAGCUGAUCAGCUCACUCAGUGUAUUUUUCCUGUUCUGUCCCCUGUACAGCAGGCUGAGACUUCUCACACCCUGCAUCUUCAGAAUGCUCACAGUCUGUGAUUGCAAUUUCAGAUUACCAGAGAACAGGCCCACCAAAUUGUUAAACAAUGCACAGCCUGUUUGCCUUACUUGCCUGUUGCUUGCCACUAUGGGGUGAAUCCCCGAGGACUGCAAACUGGUCAUGUAUAUCAAAUGGAUGUUACUCAUUUUCCCCCCUUUGGUAAAUUAUAAUAUGUACAUGUUUCCAUUGACACUUUUUCUCAUUUUGUAGUUGCUACCGCUCAUGCUGGAGAAGCAGUUAAGGAUUUUGUAGCACAUUGCCUAACCGUUUUUUCUAUUAUUGGCCCACCUAAAAUCCUGAAGCCAGACAAUGGACCUGCUUAUACCAGCAAAAAAUUUGCUUCCUUUUGCUCUCAUUUUCAGAUUUCUCACCAUACAGGCAUUCCUUUUAAUCCUCAAGGCCAAGGCAUCAUCGAAAAAAGCCGUGCUGUUUUGGAAAAUUUACUACACAAAUUAAAACAUGGUCUGAUUUCUGACUUACUACAUAAAACCCCUCACACUUGGCUUAAACAUGCUGUUUACGUUUUUAAUGUCUUAACUUUAGAUGCUGAUGGACUCCCACAACGGAUCGUCAUUGGCACCCUAAUAAUGUAUCUCAUCCCCAGGUCUUGUGGAAAGAUGCUCUCACUAACCAAUGGCAUGCUCCAGAUCCAGUCCUAAUAUGGGGAUGAGGACAUGUUUGUAUUUUUCCCAGGUCUGCUUCCUCUCCAAUUUGGGCUCCUGAACACCUUGUCAAGCAUGAAUUCUCCACCAGGCAGUGCAAACGCCCUGAUACCCCGUUUUCAUCGUCUCUGGCUGACGCUACCCCCGCCUCACCACCGCCGUGGGACUCGUCAAGCAGCUCAAUUAGCGAACUUCUAGACUCCGCAACGAGGCAGCCCCCUGCCGAUGUGGGCCCAGAUGCACCGUCUGACUGCUGAAGCAGCUGCCCUGGUCGCAUCUUCCGGACAAUCCCAUUCUCCUACUGUUAUGUUUAUUGCUAUAAUAGCUAUAUUGUCUUGUCAUUUGGCACAGGCCUUCCCUCUCCCUAAUUCUCGUGUUAUGUGGGCUUAUGUUCCCGACCCUCCUUUUCUUCGACCUGUUACCUGGAAUGAUCCCACCUUCCCUGUCUACAUUAAUGAUACUUUUAUUCUUGGCUUCUUUUCUUUUUCUCACAUUACUCCUCAGGUUGCUACCUAUACUUACUCUGCCCAAGCUGUUGCCCCUCCCAUGUGCUUCUAUGCCUCCAAAAUCUGGGAUCGUGAUUCCUCUGCUAAUGUCUAUUCUCCUCCUUCUAUUCCUCUUUCUUUUUCCAGUUCUUAUUGCUUCGAUCUUGGAAUUUGCCAACUUCAUACCUUUUCUGGCCCCUCUGACCUCUUCCCAGGUGAGACCAUUUAUUCUCGUGAUUGGAUACUCAACCAUGUGGGAAUUAGAGAAACUUACAACUUUUCCUCUGCUCAGCAUUUUCCCCUCAUUGAGCACUGGCAUUGUUGACCUUCUAACUCCUCUUUGGACACUUCCCCUCACUGGCAGUUCUGUUUUCCUAACCAAAAGCAAGCUAUUAAUUACACCCUGCCUUCUGGUUUCUCCUUGUAUAACUGGUCUGUUCUUCAUCCUCUUGACAUUGCCUUAGCUUGUUAUGAAACACCUGAUGGUUGGAGCACUCCCAUUUACACUACCUUCUCUGGCAAAGCCUACGCUUUUCUCUGGAAGCUGUUUGUAUCCUUAUCUCCUACCUUUGUUCAUGCCGGUUCCCGUAGUUUAUCUUAUCCCGCUAAUCAGACUAUUUAUACUCAAUCCUGCGUUGCUUCUCCUUAAGACUUUGUUUACCAGGCAUUGUUUCAACCUAGUGACCUCCCCUGUGGUCCUUCUCUCUCGCAGAUGCACGGUUUACUGCCGAGCUUGUGACUUCUAGUUAAUUAAAGAUUGUUAUCCAAGUUACUGAUUGUUCUGACAAUAUUGAUAAUCAGCAUCACCUAUUUCCCAUUGAUCUUUUAAAUUAGUAUUUGUUCCCUUUGACAGUUCCUCAGAAUCAUCCCCCAAGGAAUUUUCUGUUCCUUUUAUUGUUUGAGUAAUGAUCUGCAUUGAGGUAAUGAUGUUAAAGAAAAAAGUAUAUAAGGAAACCUGUAGUCCCAGCUCCUUGGGAGGCUGAAGCAGGAGGAUCACUGGAGCCUGAGAGUUGGAGGUUGUAGUGAGCCAUGAUUGCACCACUGCACUCCAGCCUGGGGCAAAAGAGCAAAACUCUGUCUCAAAAAAUUAAAAAUAAGUCAGAGCCAGGCUUGGUGGCUCAUGUCUACAAUUCUGGAACUUUGGGAGCCCAGUGAAGGAGGAUAGCUUGAGUCCAGGAGUUCAAAAUCCUAUUUCUGCAAAAAUUUAAAAAUUAGCCAGGCACAGUGGUGCAUAGCUGUAGUUCCAGCUACUUGGGAGGCUGAGGUGGGAGGAUCGCUUGAGUCCAGGAGUUCAAGGCUGCAGUGAGCUGUGAUCAUGCCACGGCACUCCAGCCUGGGUGACAGAGUCUGUAAAAAAAUUAAGGCUGGGCAUAGUGGCUCAAGGCUGUAAUCCCAGCACUUUGGGAGGCUGAGGCGGGUGGAUCAUUUGAGAGGUUAGGAGUUUGAGACCAGCCUGGGCAACAUAGUGAAACCCCAUCUCUUCUAAAUAUACAAAAAUCAGCCGGGCGUGGUGGCAGGUGUCUGUAGUCCCAGCUACUUGUGAGGCUGAGGCAAGAGAAUUGCUUGAACCUGGGAGGCAGAGGUUGUAGGGAGCUGAGAUCAUUGCCAUUGCACUCCAGCCUGGGAGACACAGCCAGAACCUAAAUAAAGAAAAUAAAUAAAGAACAGGGAUGAGAUAAGUGUGGCUGCUCUCACUGCUUCCAUUCAUUAUUGUUACUGCAAGUUCAAGCCAGGGUGACUGGACAUGAAAAUGAAGUAAAAAGCAUCCAGAUUGAAGCAAGAGAAGAAAAAAACAUCUCUGUAUUUACAAACAGCCUGAUGUGACAUAAAACAUUCCCAGGCACAAUUUGUGCAGCAGAAAUAGGGUGCUUCACAGGCUGCUUAGAAACCUAGUGGGUCACUCCAGCACAAACUAUCUCCCUAAGCUUAAUGAGGGAAUGAGAGGGUAGCAUGGGCCUGAUGAGAGUGUUGUUUGUCCACUGGGAGAGUCUGGCUAAAUUACAACUGGCCUUUACAUCCUCACCAGCUCCCUGGGGACAGCCUGAAAGAUAUCAGAUUAAAAAGUCACACUGAGAUAAACCAUCCUGACUCGUCUCUCAACAAAGUGACAGGUAGUAAACAGACCUAAACACGCAUCAUGAGGCUUGUUUUCCUUUUAAAGUCAACAGCUGGUGAAUUGCACAGGGCCAGGCAGGGCAGUCAAAGGGCCUGUUUCCCCCAGCUGGGAAAAGGGCAGGAGCCCUGGACACUGGCCCCGCAGAACUCUCUCCUGUCAGUCAGGGGCCAUAUUACUUUUCCAUCCUCCUCUGACCUUCAUUACAAACCACCUGCUGAUGCAUCAAACCUUGGCCCACUCCUUGGGAACUCUGUACUCAGGGUGACCAGCCUGACCUGGGUUGCUCGGGGUUGUCCUGGUUUGAGUCUACCAAGUCCUCAGACCCAGCACACCAGGGCUUGCUGAUUGCACCCCGGACCCUACCGGGUGGUCGUCUUUCUGGGGAAACUGGCUUCUUUUCCUCCCCGACCUCCUUGCUUUGACUUGAUGGUUGCAUCUGUCAGCCCAGGUGCUCAGGUGUGACAUUGACCAUCCCUGGCCAGCCUUGGUGCUAGCUGACCCCAAAGUGUCCUUCCUUUUCUUUCUUUUAAGACAGUCUCCCUCUCUACCCCAAGCUGGAAUGCAGUGGUGGAAUCUCAGCCCACUGCAAGCUCAGCCUCCUGGGUUCAAGUGAUUCUCCUGUCUCAGCCUCCCAAGCAGAUGGGACUACAGGUGCCUGACACUGUGCCUGGCUAAUUUUUGUUUUUGUUUUUUUUCUUUCUUUCUUUUUUCUGAGACAGAGUCUUGCUCUGUCACCCAGGCUGGAGUGCAGUGGCAAAAUCUUAAUUCACUGCAACCUCUGCCUCUGGGUUCAAAUGAUUCUCCUGCCUUUGCUUCCUGUGUAGCUGGGAUUACAGGCAUGCACCACCACACCUGGCUAAUUUUAGUAUUUUUAGUAGAGAUGGGGUUUCACCAUGUUGGCCAGGCUGGUCUCAAACUCCUGACCUCGUGAUCUGCCUGUCUCGGCUUCCCAAAGUGUUGAGAUUACAGGCAUGAUCCACUGCACCUGGCCUAAUUUUUUGUAUUUUUAUCAGAGAUGGUGUUUUGCCAUUUUUACCAGGCUGGUCAUGAGCUCCUGACCUCAACUGAUCCACCCACCUUGGCCUCCCAAAGUGCUGGAAUCACAGGCGGGAGCCACCGCCCUGGCCCCCCAGGUCUCAUUUCUUACAGAUCUUGGGGUCUUCCAUGUGUCUCUGGAUCUUCCUGCAUCAUUCCCACCUCCACUCUUUGACUCUGGCCCCUCCUCUCAUGUCAGAUGAUGGCAGCAGUAAGGAAACAAUGCCUUGAUUUAGCUCCUCUAGGCCCUGCACACAAGGGGUUUUGCUAAGUCUAGGAGCAUUGAAAACCUCACUGCAUACACACUACAACACAGAUGAACCCCCCAAAAUCACACCCAGUGAGAGAAGUCAGGCAAAAGGCCACAGUGUGUGAUCCCAUUUAUAUUAGAUGUUCAGAAUGUAAAUAUUUCAUUUAUAUGUAAUGCUCUGUUGCCCAGGUUGGAGUACAGUGGCACAAUCUUGGCUCACUGCAACCUCUGCCUCAGGGGUUCAAGGUAUUCUCCUGCUUCAGCCUCCCAAGUAGCUUGAAUUACAGACAUGCGCCACCACACUAGGCUAAUUUUUGUAUUUGUAGUAGAGACAGGGUUUCACCAUGUUGGCCAGGCUGUUCUCGAAUUCCUGACCUCAAGUGAUCUACCUGUCAUGGCCUCCCAAAGUUCUGGGAUUAGAGCCACCACUCCCAGCCUUUAUAGCAUAUAAUUUUAUCUCAAUAAAGCUGUUAGGAAAUAAACUAUAGAUAACAACAUGAUCAAGAGGUCGGGUCUUUUAUCCAAGUGGAUUUUUCAAAUGAAUCAGUUUUAAAAACUACCAUUUAAAAACAAGAUUAUAAGUGGUAUGGAAACAGUGAUAGAAAAUUAUUGUUAGUCAAAUACCGCAGAUGUGGAAACUGAAGCUUAGAGAGCUCUAGGGACUUGCUCUUAAUCAUCACACAGCUAUAGCUGAAUAAGCAUGGAAUGGAGUCUUCUGACUUACCAACAACCACGGGUAAUUAAAACAAAACCCAAAACACUAAUAAAGGGAUGCUAACCAAGGUAAAAAAAAAAAAAUAAGUGGUAUGGAAAAAAAUAGAACAGGCAAGGAGAAUGGGUCAGUCUUCCUUUUUUCUUUGUCAGGCACAUAAAAAUCUUUCAUAUUUUAUAGAUAAAACUGAGGCUUAGAAAUAGUAGAAUUGUGUGAAUCAUAUCUUGAUAAAGCUGUUAUCUAUGUCUUUAUAUCUAUUCAGCCAUCCAUCCAUCCAUCCAUCCACCCAUUCAUCCACCCACCCAACCAUCCACCCAUUCAUCUACAUACCCAACCCUUCAUCCAUCCAUCCAUCCAUCCAUGCAUUCAUCUGCUCAUUCAUCCAUCCACUCAUCUAUCCACCCAACCAACCAACCUCCACCCAUCCACCCACCCAUCCAUUCAUCCAUCCAUCCAUCCAUCCAUCCAUCCAUCUACACACAUACAUAUUAGAAUGGUAGAAUUGCAACUAGAAUUCAAGACUUGAAAGUCCUGGUGCCGUACUUAUUAUUCUUAUUCAUUUUUAAAUGUCAAUAUCUAUUAUAUUUUUCAAAGUUGAGCACAAUAUAAGUAUGUUGUUCCCUGGAUUCCUGAUGUUUUCAGUAACCUAGGAACUCAGCAUCUCACAGAGAACACAGAAGAACCUCUUGUGUCGGAGAUUUCACUUGCAAACAAGCAGUUCCACAGUGGAAUUCUGUGUGAACUGAUGAUGCGGAUUUAAGAAUAAUCAUCCCUCCUUGUUGUUUCUUAUGAGAUUUGUAAGGCAUACUCCUACUUGCCAAUACUAUUUGCCAACAUACUGUUCUGCCUCCUUUCUGUUUCCUCUCUUGUAAGAUGCCAACAAAGCAUGCAGGGUGACAGGUGGACCUCAAGCAAUCCACCAUGAGCUCAUAACCACAUCAGUCCCAGCUCAUUUCUCAGAAAGCCGGAACUCUGAGCCCCACUGAGAAUUUGUGUCUGAGCCCAGGCAGCAGGGACACAGCGAAGGGGGGAGGAUUUUGCAGGCCGAGGUUGGGAGAUGCAAAGCUGGGAGUUUCAGGGGAGAGAGAGGUUGCUGGGGAUAGGGUGAUGCCGGAACAGCUCAGGAUUGGCCUUGAGUUCCCUACCAGAGUUGACAUGAUUCUGAAGACCAAGGCCACAGCUCCAAUAAACCAGACCCAUCCUCAUUGUUAGUAUCCUGGGGCCAUAAGAUCUAGGGGAGACAGUGCCCACUGAUAGAACAAAGAUAAAUUUCCCAGAGCGCUAAGCAUUUGUUCACCCUGAUCAAGAGCCUUCACACAUCCAGGGAAGGAAUCAUCAUUCCUACAGAUAACUAAGUAAGGCCAUAAUUCCCUGUGCACACCUGGCCAUCCAAGCUCUUCCAUGGUGGCUCUGUGGGGCCCUCAUGCAGCCUCCAUGCUCCUGCUCACAAUGCCUUGCAGCUCCACCUGAGUUACACAAACCCCCCAGUGACACCAACCCGCUGCAGCCUUCUCUUCCACAGCCUCCUGUUUAUUCUCAGGAGAUUCAGUCUCUUUCUUUUGCACACUGAGUCCCUUCACUUGUGCUUCCACUGUGGGUGGUCACAAGCUCUGUGCCCUUUGGUGUGGAUCUCUCUAUUGGAGGACACAGGACACCCUUCAAGUCAGGGAUGGGUGUCAUCCUUCACAGAGAUGGCCAAACAGCCCAGGUUCUAUACACACCUGCAACACUGCUAUUUCUGGCUUCUAUACACAAUCUCUGGCUGGGCUAGUGGCUCAUGCCUGUAAUCACAGCACUUUGGAAAACCUAAGUUGGCAGAUGACAUGAAUAAAUUCUGGGAGUUUGAGACCAGCCUGUGCAACAUGGUGAAACAUGGUCUCUACAAAAAGUUUAAAAAAAGAGAGAGAGAGAGAGAGAGAGACACGGUGGUUCACACUUGUAAUCCCAGCACUUUGGGAGGCCAGAGUGGGUGGAUCACCUGAGGUCAGGAGUUCGAGACCAGCCCAGCCAAUGUGGUGAAGCCCUGUCUCUACUAAAAAUACCAAAAUUAGCCAGGUGUGGUGGUACACACCUGUAGUCCCAACUACUCAGGAAGCUGAGGCAGAAGAAUCACUUGAACUUAGAGGCAGAGGUUGCAGUGAGCUAAGAUCUGAGAUCGCACCACUGCACUCCAGCCUGGGUGACAAAGCGAGACUCCAUCUCAAAAGAAAAAAGAAAGAAAGGAUGAGCAGUGUGGCUCAUGUGUGUAAUUCCAGCACUUUCGGAGGCCAAGGCGGGCAGAUCAUGAGAUCAAUCGAUCAAGACUGUCCUGGACAACAUGAUGAAACCAUAUCUCUACUAAAAAUACAAAAAGUUAGUUGGGAAUGGUGACAUGGGCCAGUAGUCCCAGCUACUUGGGAGGCUGAGGCAGGAAAGUCACUUGAACCUAAGAGUCAGAGGUUGCAGUCAGCCAAGAUGACACCACUGCAUUACAGCCUGGCAACAGAGUGAGACUUUGUCUCAAAAAACAUAAAGAUAAAAAUAAAAAAGAGCCAAAUGUGGUGGUAUGUGACUAGUCCCAGCCACUUCUCUGGAGGCUAAGGUGGGAGGAUCACCUGAAGCCUGGAGAUGGAGGUUGCACUGAGCCAGGAUUGCACCACUGCACUCCAGCCUGGCUGAUGCAGUGAGGCUCUGUCCCCACAAAAAAAUAAAAAAUCUGCCUCUAUCUACAAGAGAUAUCUGCUGCCAAACUCAUGAUGAGGAAAUAAUGCAAUGGCCUGAUUACUCUCAGAAACUUGUGAAAAAUGACCAAGAUCUCAGCCAGUGUUACCUUGUACUGCAAAGCCCUCAGAACCAUCUGUGACAUUUCUUUUUAUUCACUCAAAAAAAGAAGAGAUGAAUUUUUUUUACAAAUUACUUUAUAUCAUUCAAAUCAACACAUCAAGUGGUGCAUUUACAGGUGUUGGUCGAGGUGUCAGAGGCCACAUUAGUAGAGGAGGGGGUAAAGUCUGAGGCCAAGUCAGGUGAAGGCUGAGUGUCAGCAGGUCAGCCACGUGAAGGAGGUGACUGAAGUACUAGAGAAGACCUAGGGGAAGGAGAGCUGAGAGGUCAUGAGGAGAUUCUUUAGGUACUAAAGGAGACUCAUUCGAAGGUGAUAGCUAAGGGAGGCCACCAAGGUAGAGAAGGUGGCUGAGGUGCCAGUGGCCACUAAGUGGACAAGUAGGCUGAGGACGCAGAUGCCACACUGCUGGAGGAAGAAGGUAAGGUCCAAAAGGAAAUACAGCUGGAUGAGGUGGAUGGGGUCCCCAAGGAAAGACAGAUGAAUGAGGUGGGUGCAGUCCCCCAAGAUACAGAGGGGGAUGAGGUUGAUGUGGUCCCCCAGGACACACAGAGGUAUGAGGCAGAUGGGGUCCCCCAGGAAAGACAUAUGGAUGAGGUUGAUGGGGUCCCCCAGGACACAUAGGGUGAUGAGGUGGAUGGGGUCCCCUAGGACACACAGAGGGAUGAGGUGGAUGGGGCUCCCUAGGACACACAGAGGGAUGAGGUGGAUGGGGUCCCCCAGGACAGAUAGGAUCAGGUGGCUGAGGUACAGCAGGAUAGACAGGUGAAUGAGGUGGAUGAAGUCCCAUAGGAGAUGCAGCUGGAGGAGAUGGUGGAGAUCCCACAAAACAAACAGCUGGAAGACAUGAAGGAGGUCCCAGAGGACAUUCAAUUGCUGGAAAUGUCUGUGGUUUCAGAAGAUCACCAGCUGGAGAGAUGGUGGAGGUACCAGAGAGCACUUGACUGGAGGAGGUGACUGUGGUCUCAGAGAAUCUUCACUUGGAGAAGAUGAUUGAGGUGGCACAGGACAUUCACGUGAAGUAGGUGGUUGAAGUCCCAGAAUACACGUGAGUGAAAUAGGAGGUUGAGGUUCCAGAAAACACUCAAGUGGUGGAGUUGCCUGUGGUCUCAGAAAAUCUUCAGCUUGAGAUGGUGGUAGAGGUAUCAGAGAACACUCAAGUGGAGGUGUGUGAGGCCUCAGAACAUCUUCAGCUGGCGAUGGUGGUAGAGAUACCAGAAGACACUCAGAUUGAGGUAAGUUGGGUCUUAGAAAAUCUUCAGCUGAAGACAGAGGUAGAGGUACUAGAGUACACUCAGGUAGAGGUGUCUGUGGUCUCAGAAAAUCACCAAGAAAGUGAAGAGAUACCAGAAGACACU